GGGUAGGGGGGUGGACGGUAGCUAAGGACCGACUGACAAGCAGACGUGCAGCCUCAGCGUCGGGGCAGCAGAAGCGCCUGUGCCUCUCGGGCGGGCGCACGCGGCGCGGGUUCGGAGGAUGGGAAAGGGGGUGCAGAGGGUGGCGGCCACCAAGGGCAUGGGGGUCCAGACUGAGCGGGAGAGCUGGGCCACGAUGCCGCAGGAGAGCCCGGAGCUGGCGGCAGGAACGCCAAAGGGCUCAGUGUCGUUGCAAAAGUCAGGAUGGCAUCCCCUAGUUGCACGCCCCGCGCAACUCGAAACGCGCCCCCUGCCCCGCCCCGACUCCCCUGUUGCCCACUGCCGCGGAGCUAAAAAUAACAGCCUGGUCGCCCCCCGCAGACCGCGACCCCGACCCCUCCCCCGCCCCUCCCCCACUGGGCGUGGAGCGAAGCCACGGCUCCCAGUUCCCCCAAAGAGGGGGGAAAAAGACAGAGAGAGAGAAAGAAAGAAAGAAAAGGCGGCGCGGGAGGGGAGCGGGGGGCGGGCCGGGGGCGGGGGGCCCAGCCAUAUGGAUGUGAUUUCUCCGCUCCGAGGCAGACAGGCCGCUCAGCAGCGCUCGGCGCCCGCCCGCCGCCCGCCCGGCCUCAGGCUGCCUCCCUCCCUCCGCCCUCCCUCUCUCCAUUGCGCCGGUUCGUUCUCUCGCUCGCCCUCGGCGAAUGGGCCCCGCGUCGGGCUCCGGGGCCUCGGGCCGCCCGGACGCCGGGGUCCCCUAGGCCAGGACGUGGGCGGGGCGGCCCGGCCUGACGCAGCUCUGCACCCUCCAACCAUCACCAGGGCCGGCGGCGGCUGCCCCGAGGGACGCGGCCCUAGGCGGUGGCGAUGGGGGCCGCCCGGAUCGCACCCAGCCUGGCGCUCCUACUCUGCUGCCCAGUGCUCAGCUCCGCAUAUGCGCUGGUUCCAGAUGCCUGAUGUUUCCCCACUUCUGAAGACUUGGCUUGGGGGUCCUAGGUCUGGAAACCUGUGGUUGGAGUUUCCCUACACCAUGCUUCUGUGAGCAUAUGGCUCUGGUCGUGGAUGCGGACGAUGUCUUUACCAAAGAGGAACAGAUUUUCCUGCUGCACCGUGCCCAGGCGCAAUGUGACAAGCUGCUCAAGGAAGUUCUGCACACAGCAGCCAACAUAAUGGAGUCAGACAAGGGCUGGACACCAGCAUCUACGUCAGGGAAGCCCAGGAAAGAGAAGGCAUCGGGAAAGUUCUACCCUGAGUCUAAAGAGAACAAGGACGUGCCCACCGGCAGCAGGCGCAGAGGGCGUCCCUGUCUGCCCGAGUGGGACAACAUCGUUUGCUGGCCAUUAGGGGCACCAGGUGAAGUGGUGGCAGUACCUUGUCCCGAUUACAUUUAUGACUUCAAUCACAAAGGCCAUGCCUACAGACGCUGUGACCGCAAUGGCAGCUGGGAGGUGGUUCCAGGGCACAACCGGACGUGGGCCAACUACAGCGAGUGCCUCAAGUUCAUGACCAAUGAGACGCGGGAACGGGAGGUAUUUGACCGCCUAGGCAUGAUCUACACCGUGGGAUACUCCAUGUCUCUCGCCUCCCUCACGGUGGCUGUGCUCAUCCUGGCCUAUUUUAGGCGGCUGCACUGCACGCGCAACUACAUCCACAUGCACAUGUUCCUGUCGUUUAUGCUGCGCGCCGCGAGCAUCUUCGUGAAGGACGCUGUGCUCUACUCUGGCUUCACGCUGGAUGAGGCCGAGCGCCUCACAGAGGAAGAGUUGCACAUCAUCGCGCAGGUGCCACCUCCGCCGGCCGCUGCCGCCGUAGGCUACGCUGGCUGCCGCGUGGCGGUGACCUUCUUCCUCUACUUCCUGGCUACCAACUACUACUGGAUUCUGGUGGAGGGGCUGUACUUGCACAGCCUCAUCUUCAUGGCCUUUUUCUCAGAGAAGAAGUACCUGUGGGGCUUCACCAUCUUUGGCUGGGGUCUACCGGCUGUCUUCGUGGCUGUGUGGGUCGGUGUCAGAGCAACCUUGGCCAACACUGGGUGCUGGGAUCUGAGCUCCGGGCACAAGAAGUGGAUCAUCCAGGUGCCCAUCCUGGCAUCUGUUGUGCUCAACUUCAUCCUUUUUAUCAACAUCAUCCGGGUGCUUGCCACUAAGCUUCGGGAGACCAAUGCGGGCCGGUGUGACACCAGGCAGCAGUACCGGAAGCUGCUCAGGUCCACGUUGGUGCUCGUGCCGCUCUUUGGUGUCCACUACACCGUCUUCAUGGCCUUGCCGUACACCGAGGUCUCAGGGACAUUGUGGCAGAUCCAGAUGCAUUAUGAGAUGCUCUUCAACUCCUUCCAGGGAUUUUUUGUUGCCAUCAUAUACUGUUUCUGCAAUGGUGAGGUGCAGGCAGAGAUUAGGAAGUCAUGGAGCCGCUGGACACUGGCGUUGGACUUCAAGCGCAAAGCACGAAGUGGGAGUAGCAGCUACAGCUAUGGCCCAAUGGUGUCUCACACGAGUGUGACCAAUGUGGGCCCCCGUGCAGGACUCAGCCUCCCCCUCAGCCCCCGCCUGCCUCCUGCCACUACCAAUGGCCACUCCCAGCUGCCUGGCCAUGCCAAGCCAGGGGCUCCAGCCACUGAGACUGAAACCCUACCAGUCACUAUGGCGGUUCCCAAGGACGAUGGAUUCCUUAACGGCUCCUGCUCAGGCCUGGAUGAGGAGGCCUCCGGGUCUGCGCGGCCGCCUCCAUUGUUGCAGGAAGAAUGGGAAACAGUCAUGUGACUGGGCACUAGGGGGCUAGACUGCUGGCCUGGGCACAUGGACAGAUGGACCAAGAAGCCAGUGUUUGGCUGGUUGUCUAUUCGGGACUGGACCAGGAAGAUAACAAAAGGAAAAAAGAAAAAAAAAAAAAAAGGAGAAGGGGGCUCUGUGUGGCUUCCUGUGUUGGACUCGAAGAAGCCUAGGUCUAGGAAGCAUGAGAGAGUUUGGGGAGGGCUCUGCACAUGGUUGGGAGAAGGACCCAUGGUCUCAUUAUGUAGGAAGGGUCUGGGAUUUGGGGAUUCAGCACUGUCCAACAGGAGGGGGACUCUGCUCUUAAGGCCCAGAAAAGGGCUUCCAAACUAACUGAGUAGAGUACUUGGCCUAGGACACAGGAAACUCUAGGUUCUAUUCCCAGCACCUCAUAAACAAGGCUAGCAUCUUUGAUCUAAGCUCUCUGGAGAUGGAGCUAUGGGGAUCAGAAAUUCAAGCACAUCUUUGGCUACAUAGAUAAGGUGGGAGGUAGCUUGGGGUACAUGAGACCAUGUCUUACGAAACAAAAUAAUCAUUGCCCAGAGAGGGCCAUGUUUGCAGGAAUCUGAGGGAGCAGCCAGCCUUCCCUCUUGUCAUGCAUACACCUAGAGUUGAGCAUCCCUAGAACAACUCUUCGACCUGCUAGCCAAGUCACUGCAGCCAAGGCUGACAGCAGAUACCUCAGGUCCUUGAUUCACUCUGAGGCCCUGUCACCAGGUGAACCUUUCCCAUCUGACGGCCACACAAGUGGCCUCUAUGCAUAACCACAGUGCCAAAAUGGGAGGGGGAAUUCCUCUAGCAGAGGUUACAAGGAUAGUGGGAGGUGGGUUGCCUCUGCCCUGGCUCUAGAAGCUAGGAGUUUAGGCUCUAAGGGUUAGCUGGGGUGUGGGCCUGCAAGGCUGGACAUGUUUACUGAAUACACAAAACAUUUGCUCAGUAUCCCCAUCUGACACUCCCUACCCCCAUCCUCAUCCUCUGGGCCUUCCUAGUCCUGUCUUGAACCAUUUAUGGGCCCUCAAAAAGCCUGACACUGAGGCUACAUGCCUAUACACGGGCUGCUUGGCUCUCUGUGCCUCCCAGUUUUUGUACUGUCUGGUGCCUCCGUCAAGUCCUCCCGUUCUCGGUUCUAACCACCUUGCUUUUCCUCCAGUUCUCCUCCACCCCAGGCCUGAGCCAUCUAACUCAGGCACUGGGUGCUAUGAACACACACUGAGCACGCCUCAGCCAACUCUGUCCAGCAUUCUUGGUUGACCAGCAGGACAAAUGACCAAAGUCUUCCCAAAGCUACUGAGCCAGGCCGAGUUGGAGCCCACAAACAUUCUAGAGGACCACUUUAGAGUCCCUGCUUCCAUGCAGAGGCCAGGAGACACACAAGGGUCAGAGGAGACAGGAGAGCAGGUCAGAAAAUCAUGACAAGACCAUACUAUUGUCAGGAAAGACCCUGGAUGAGUCAGUGACUGAGAAAGGAGUCCUUGGCUGGACAAAACACCAUGCCUCGUCCUGGAGUAUGUGCUACCUCUGUACGGGGUCUGGACUGACCUGUCCAGUCAGUGUUACAGGACGUGGAUUGCUGGGCCUUCAUGGCUACUCACUCUUUCCACCAACCAACCCAGACUGCUCUGUCAGAAGGCCAUGACCUGAGAAUAUCCAAAUAGCACCCCCAGGCCAGCUUCUGUCCCCCCAUCAGUUACCAUCUUCCCUUCGGAUCCCCCAAAUAGGCCUGUCCUUUUCCUUUAAAGGUGUCAAGUGCCCUAAGAGUCCAUCCUGCACGAUGUACCCAUGUCAGACCAGGCCUCCUAUACUCAGUUGGACACUUCUUCGCAAAGACCAGCUUCCUCCUUGGGACAUUUGCGGGGCAGAAACAGUCAUGCCCUAUAGGUUGGGUAUCACUUUUCCCUGGUUCAAUGUCUGAGACAAAUCCAUCUGGCCCCGGCACGUCAGCCCAAGACUGCCAUCCAGGAGAAGUUCCCUGACCCUGGACUUGUGGCCUCUGGCCCUAAGCUGGCUUCCACUCAGAGUAACCCCCCUUCCAAGCCUGGCCUGGGCUGUCCAGGUGUUGGCAGAAGUGGGAGCCUCAGAAGGCCUGGCAGAGGGUCAGGGCCCUGUUUGCCUUGAACAACCACCGGAGCCAGGUGGUCACUUUUCCCUGCAAGGCCCCACGGCCCAGCCAAGCCACAGGGAGCACACAAACAGGCCCAGGCUGGCCAGUGAGUAGACAAGGAGCAUACCCCUUCCACCGCUUCCGUCCCGUCUAUCCAGGCACCUCACAGGAUCCGCUGGAUUCUAGAUCUGGUCAGUGAAGUGGCCAGGUUCAGCGCUUAACGUGCCCUGAGCAUGCCAAAAGGGGACCCUCUCUGGGCCCCUCUCCUCAGAACCAGCAGUGUGAGCACCUAAAGGGUCUCUCUGAAGACUCUCAGAAGUAACAUCCCCUCUGAGGGAAGACACACAGUCCUGGCCUCUGGUGGGGGCUAAGCCUACUGUUGCCAACUCAGAAUGGAAUCCUGGGACUUCAGAUCCCAUUGCUGCACACCUUCUGCCUGCAAGCCCUGCUCAUCUAGGACACCUGGCCUGCAGGCUGCAGUGGGCAGGCCGUGAUAGCCCACACUCUCCAGUCCUCACCCCAGGGAGGUGACAGAGGGGCAGACCAGGAGGAAGGCACUGAGGUUCAAGAGGGAUAUCCCUGUGUCCCAGGGGUGUGAGAGAACUCAGCCCUGCAGGGUACCCUUAAAGAGGCACAGCCUUGCCCCCGGGUCCUGAGAGGUCACUGGCUCUGGGACUAGGGAUGUGAAGCUUCCAGACAACUUCCAGGUUGGGUCUUUCCUUGUCUUUGAUGCCUUCUUGACCAACCACAGAAUGACUCUAGCCUGAGGCUACCACAGCAAACUGAGGCAGGGCUGGUCUGGGAGAGGUAGAGGAGAAAGCUCCUGCUGGUUUUACACACACACACACACACACACACACACACACACACACACACACACACACGCUGUGUUACCCUGGCCAAGCGGUUACCCUUUCUGAGCCACAGCUUCUCAAAGUCAGGCUCUGUGCACUCUGAGGCCCCACCUCUCUCUCAUGUGCGACCCCAGGUUAGCUUCCUGGACUUCCUGGGCUGGGCUUUUGUCUUCCUGCCUUGGGCAGAUCCUCAAGGACUCAUGGGUAAAUUCAUCUACAACUUCCUCCUAGUUCAACAUCACAGUCAUGCAGGCCAGACUGGAGGAUGGAUUCUGGGACAGGAGAAGGUGGGCUCUUGGCUCCUUCAUCAACUUCCGUGGAUCCAGUCACUUCCAGUAAUGGCCAGGCAUAGGAGGCCCUUUGCCAGAAUACCUCUACUAGUCAUGUAAAGUGCUGGUCCAUCCAAGUCAACUUGACCCAGACUCUAUGGCAUUUGUGAAUCAAAGGGUAAUGUUGGUGUGGUCCACACAGUGGUUCUUGUGCUCAGUGGCCAUGCUGCUAUAUACUACGUGCUCCAGGAAGAUCACCCACAUCACUAAGAAAGAAGGGUGCAUUGUGCUUGGAUUUCCAUGUGUGUGUGAACUUGUAUAUUUACUUGUAUUUGUGUCUGCUUGUGGUUCUGUUGGCAUGUAUACCUGUGUCUGUCUGUCUGUGUGCCAGUAUGUAUUUAUAUCAUGUUUGUAUAUGUCUGUAUGUCUUUACACAUAUAUGUCUUUUAGUGCAUCCAA